AUGUCUGAAAAUGAAGUGAGCGAGGAAACUUCUGUCCCACAAAAAAUGCUUUUCGCCAACAAGCUUGAGCUGGAGAUAUACCCUCCCUGGAAAGACAAUUACAUCAACUACAUCAAGCUCAAGAAGCUUUUGAAGGAAGGGGUCAUUUUGCAAAAUGCGUGGACAGAAAAGGACGAGCAGAACUUUGUCGCUGCAUUGGAUCUGGAUUUGGAGAAGGUCUACACUUUCCAGUCGAACAAGUACGAUGAGUUGAACGAAUACUUGAACGAAUUACAAGAGUCUACUGAGUCGCCAGAGGCCAACUUUGACGUGCAAAAAUUCUCGUCCAAGUUGGAUCUGGUGUUGAACUUGGCUCAGGAGUUAAACCAUUUCCAGAGAUUGAACUACACCGGUUUUGUCAAGAUCGUCAAGAAGCAUGACCGCUUGCAUCCAAACUACUCAGUUAAGCCCUUGUUGAAUGUGCGUUUGAAGACCUUGCCAUUUCAUUCAGAAGACUACUCUCCACUUUUGUUCAAAAUCAGUGCAUUGUUCCAGUUUUUGCGUGACAACUACGAUGUGGACCAAGCUUUAUCUAAAUUGAGCUCCUUUAACGAUGACAUGGCCGCUCAAGAAUUCCAAUCUUUCAAGUUCUGGGUGCACCCAGACAAUUUGAUGGAAGUCAAGGCCACCAUUUUGCGUCAUCUUCCUGUGAUUGUGUACAACAAUGAGGGUCCAAAUGACGACGACGACGAUGAUGAUGACGAUGACGAUGACGACGGCUUUGGAAACUUCUCCAAAAACGACCCCACUAUCAACUGCUUAUACUUCGAUAACCAGAAUUUCGACUUGUAUAACAACAAAUUGGUCAAGAGCCCGAAUGCGUCGACUUUGAGAAUUAAGUGGAUUGGAAAGUUGUAUAACAAACCAAAGCUUUACCUUGAGAAAAAGAGCUUUGAGAAAAACACAGACACUUAUGACGUGGACGAAAAAUUCUCCUUGAAGGAGAAGUACAUGGACUCUUUUAUCAACGGUACUUUCAACGAAGAGAAAUUUUUGCGCAAAAUGGCAAAGAAAGGUGAGUCUGAGGAGAACAUUGAAGAAGCAAGAAAGCACAUUGAGAACUUCUCUAAAUUCAUUAAGGACAACCAUGUCCAACCUUGUCUCAGAACAACCUAUAAAAGAACUGCAUUCCAGAUUCCAGGCGAUGAUAAAGUACGUAUUGUAAUUGACUCCGAUAUCUACUUUAUCAGGGAAGAUGCAUUUGAUGAGCAGAGACCUAUUAGAGAUCCUCAGAAGUGGCAUAGAACCGACAUUGACUCUAAGGUGAAUUCACCAUUGUCUUUGUUGAGAAGAGGCGAGUACACUAAGUUCCCUUACGCAGAAUUGGAGAUCAAAAUCAGAGCAAGAAAGAACAAAAAGCUGCCAUGGAUCGAUGAGUUGGUUCACUCGCACUUAGUGAAAGAGAUCCCUAAUUUCAGUAAAUUCGUCCAUGGCGUUGCAUCCCUUUUCUUGGAGGAUGAUAAAUUGGACAAUGUUCCUUUCUGGUUCAACGAGUUAGAAUCCGACAUUAUUGUUGACCCACAACAGGCGUACAUCGACACCAAAGAGAAGUUAGCCAAGUUGCAGAGCGACGAGGAAAACUUGAAGAAGUUCAAGAGCAUGUUGACGAACUCAACAAACGAUUACUCUGCACGGUCUAAGUCGUUCUCGGGCUCGCUAUUGAACAGCUUCGAGCCAGCAAGAAACGAGGAUGAGAGUUCAACUCUGGAACUCGUGCCUGCUCAAGGAGCUAUUCCUGAAGAACCUUCGCCUGUUUCAGGAGAUUUAGACCAGUCUUCAGACGAGGAAGAUGACUACGAGGAGGAAGACAUUCACUCCAGCACCUUCAGUAAAAUAUUGAAAUUGCCUACAACAUUUUCGAAGUUGCUUGACGUCGAUUCAGAGGAGGAAGAAAUUGUGUUGCCUGCGGGAGUCAGUAAGCCCGAGACAUACAUCAAGAAUGCAGGACCAUUGAAGAUCGAACCUAAGGUGUGGUUGGCAAAUGAGAGAACAUUCAACAGAUGGUUGCAUGUCACCACUUUGCUUUCUACCUUGACUUUCAUUAUUUACUCUUCCACCAGCAGAGCAAACUCAGAAGAAUUGGCUACUUUCUUGGCAUACAUCUACUUUGCUUUGACCUUGUUCUCUGGAAUUUGGGGGUACUUCAUUUUCAUGCGCAGAAGAACCAUCAUUAUGGAGAGAUCAGACAAGCACUUGGACAAUAUUUUUGGACCCUUGAUUAUCGCUUUUGGUUUGAUUGCUGGCUUGGUCAUUAACUUCGUGUAUGGUUUCAGAGCUCUCUCGGACCAACAAGCUGGCGUAUUCACUACCACUGGCUUGACAGAGGACUUUUUCUCUAAAAACCCAAUGCAAAAGUCAAUUUUGGACUUUAUUUUCAGGCUUGUGGGUGCCAAGCUGACUGCAUAA